AUCGCUAAAUAUUUAAAUAGACAAUGCAUAGUUGUCUUAUUUUUAUUUACAUGGAAGAGAAUUAUAAAUAAUAAAUGUUUGUGAAGAAUCAUGAAUGUAAAAAUAUAGCACAAAGAAAAAAAAAGUUUUGGAGAGUAUAAAAGAAGCAUCUGGAAAACAAAAUCUUACAGUGAAUAAUUAUGAAAAUAUGUAUACGAAAGAAGAAUUAGAGUUGUUUUCAUACAGGCAGCUGCAGAAACUUUGUAAGCAAUUGAAUUUAAAAGCAAAUAAAAAGAGUAGUGAUCUACUUGACGAUUUAUUCCAAAUCUUCGCACAGUCAGGGGAAAGUAACAAAAUUUUGCAAGAAAAUGUUGAAGUAUCACAUGAAAAAAGUCUCAAACUUCUUGAGGCUAAAGAAACAAUGUCUCAUAUUAUAGACCAACCUGUUGAAGUAAUGUUACACAACACUGCUGAAGUAAUGUUACCCAACUCUACUGAAGUAAUGUUACCCAUCUCUACUGAACUGUUACCCAACUCUGCUGAAGUAAUUUUACCCAACUCUGCUGAAGUAAUGCUACCCAACUCUGUUGAAGGAAUAAUACCUGAUGCUGUAGAUGUAAUAAUAUCUGACAUUGAGAUGGAUAAAGAAAACAUUAAAGCAGAGAUUGCUAAUGAAAUUGAUAAAAGAGCAGAAAUAAAAGUUUCAAAGAUUCCACGGGCUAAAGAUUUUAACAAAUCUGAAGUUUUACAGAAUUCUAAUUUCUCAGAAUGUGUUCAGCUGAAAUCACCAGGCAGAUUUUUAAAUCAACAUAAAGCUCAGUUUAAAAAAAUGGAUUCACUUGAUGUUUAUAUGGAGAAAAAACGUCAACGUGCUGAUAUGAUCUUAAACAAGAGCGUCGGUACUAAACUUGGAGUUUCUAAUGCAGUAACCCCUGCCAAAAAUGUGCUUCGUUCCUCACCUCGUUUGAACCGAGAACGUUCUGACGAAAGAAACGUAGCAUUGCAUAAAGGAAGAAAAUCUGUUCACUUUACGAGUGCUAUUAAAGAUACUAAAUCUUGUUUAAAUGCUACUAUUGGUGAUAUGAGAUCUCCCAGUUUGAAAAAGACGCCUAUUAAGUUUGAUCUUCAAGCUUCUUUAGAGAAAGGUCUUACCUACAAACCGCACUCUGGAAAGUUAAAGCAGUCCUAUUUCCAAGUAAAUAGAUUGCCACCAAAAAGUCUCGAUACCAGCUCUGUAGAAUUAAAUAAAAAGUCUAUUAAGGAAAUCAGAAAAGAGCCGAGAUCUAGAAAUGACAGAAGAAUCGAGAUGAUAAAAGGUCGUGAAAAUAAACGAAACUCAGCUAUUGCCAAAAAAAGAAAAAUGGAUAUUUAGAGGAAUUAUUUAAUAAAUUUUAAGUUUUUAAUUUAAACUUUUAGCUUGUCGUUUAAGCUUAAUUGAACCGAUUCUCAACGUGUGUGAAGCAAUGUAUUUAUAAGUGCGUUUAUAUAUUUUGCGAUGCUUAUUGUACGUGUUUGUUUGUGUAUAUAUAUAUUAAAUCACACGUACUAUAGAAUGUAAUAAUGAUGUAAUUGAAUUGUUAAUGUUCGCUUAAAUUUCUAAAUGUCAAUAUUUACUAAUAAA